AUGUCGGCCUUGAAGAAGCGCGCUAAGGAUAUCGAGAAGCGCCGAGCGCAAGAUAUCGAUCCAGAAGACGACCCAUUCCACCAGCAGGACGACGAGGAUGAGAGCAGUGACAGUGAUGUGCCUCAAGUCGGAGGCCGAGAGCACUAUGAGUCGGUUGGGAGAAGCAAAUUACGCAAAGCGGAUCAAAUGAAACUCGACAAGAAAUAUAGUGGCGUUGCUGUGAGCCGUGCCGAUCUAGAGGACGACAAUGAUAAUCCAUUCGCACCCGACGAAGAAGACGACGAUGAGGACCCGUUUGCGACAAGUAACACGAAAGAACGCUCAGGCCUAGCGAACUUGGAGAGGAACGAUACAGAUGACAGCAUUUCAGAGCCCGCGGAAGGAGAGGAAUCAGAGGACGAAACUGGGGACGAGCUUGACGGCGCAGUCAAUCCACCACGACGUCGCCCUGGAACAUCGGCAAAAACACCUGUGAAUGGUAUAAGAGACAUGGACCUCGACUCAGAUUCAGAAGGUGACGACCGAUCAGACGAGCAGUCUACAGACGAAGAAAUGGACGUCGAUGGGUCGGAAGAAUCAGAUGUAUCUGAAUCCGAACGUUCUGACGAUGAUCGGCCCGCCAAUUCGUUGCAAGGCAGAGAGAAGCUCCGAGCAAUCAACAAGGCAGAAACCUCCGAGUCUGCUGUUGUAUCAUCACUUUCGGUGUCAGCUGCCGAUCGCGCUCGCAAAGGCGCCGCAGUGCAGCAGCAGCAGACGGCUUUCGACCGCCUUCUGGACUCCCGCAUCAAGCUUCAAAAAGCCCUCACUCUCUCGAAUGACAUGGCCAUCCCCGAAGAUGAGGACGGCGAUCUUGGCUCGGCCGCGGUCAGCGCUGAGGCUGCCGCAUUGUCAUUAUGGACCACAAUUGAUGCCAUCCGCUGCGACAUCCUAUCGCACAGAGAAUCCACGCAGCCCAACCCCAAAAAGCGCAAGAUCUCAGCGCUAGAGCCCUCCUCAUCGACACCACUCUCCUCACUCUCCACCCACUCCCAAGAGCUCGAGUCCGCCAGCCUACCAGCGCGACACUCAACCCUCAACCACUGGUACACGCGCACCCGCCCAGCAGUCGCCCCCUCAGCCUCACGCUCCGCCCUCACCUCCGCCUCCGCCUCCUCCGAAACCACCAUCUCCUCCGUCCUCCAAACCUACCUCGCCACCUCCCUCCCCAAGCUCGCCUCCAGCUCCACCCCAGCGCCCCACACCUACGACGACAGCCCCUUCUACCAGUCCCUCCUCACCGCGCUGAUCGCAUCCCGCACCAACGCCGCCGCCGUCUCGUCCACAUCCCUCCCCUCCUCCGUCCUCCCGACGUCUAAAAACCCGAAAAUCCGCAAGUCCGUCGACACCAAGGCCAGCAAGGGCCGCAAGCUGCGCUACACGGUGCACGAGAAGCUGCAGAACUUCAUGGCAGCCGAGGAUCGGAGCACGUGGACGGACGAAGGGAGGCGAGAGUUCUUCGGGAGUUUGUUUGGGCAGAUGCAGCUGGGUGGUGGGCAAGAAGGCACGGCGGAGAUGGACGACGAUGAAGGUGUCAAUGGGGAGGACGCGGAUGGGUACGCUGACGCUGGGGAAGAAGGGGCGUUGAGACUUUUCAGGAGCGCCGCCGCUGUUGCUUCGUAG